CCGGGGUCCUUGUAGCCGCUUAGCCGAGUUGCUAACGAGCGCGUCACGUACGCAGUGGCCAGCGGAACGGAACGAAACAGACUCUUUGUGGACACUCGACGGGCAGAAUGAUGCAAACAAAUGUCAGGGAUGAGCUGACCUGGGCCAAGUUCGGCGUCUUCUCCCGCUCGGUGGCGAGCCUCCGCUGAGGCGGCGCGGCGCCCCCCCCCCACCCCCACCCCCACCCGUCCGGCCUCCGGCAUGUAUUGCCUGCAGUGGCUGCUGCCGGUGCUGCUGAUCCCCAAGCCGCUCAACCCGGCGCUGUGGUUCAACCACUCCAUGUUUAUGGGCUUCUACCUGCUCAGCUUCCUGCUGGAGAGGAAGCCGUGCACCAUCUGUGCCUUGGUCUUCCUCGCCGCGCUCUUCCUCAUCUGCUACAGCUGCUGGGGCAACUGCUUCCUGUACCACUGCCAGGAUGCCGCCCUGCCGCACGCCGCCCACCACCCGGGCAUCGUGGGCGCCUAGGGUCCGGCGCCGUGACUGAAACUGAAUGGACGGCGAUGCUUGAAAGGGACACGGCGGCGGCGGACCUUUUUGUUUCCUCUCAAUCUUCGACACGGCGGACAAUCGACCUGGGCGAGCACUCCUUUCCCUCCGACUUGACGUGCAAACAUUUUGAUGUUCCUUGAUGUGAUGAGCAGUAUUUUCACCACACGCAAAAGAAGCAAUAUGCACACACACACACGCACGCACGCACACACACGUGCAAGUUGGACAGCAACAUGAAUUUUUUUAAUCUCAUGUUGCUUCACAAACUUUUGGGCUUUUAAGUGGAAUAAAAGUUUUUGUUUUUCCUCCAA